AUGUCGUUGCGAAGGAGCGUAGCAGACUUGAAAUUGAAUGAUAAAUACGACGACUGCUUUUUACUCAGAUGGCUCGAAGCUCGAAAUUUCGAUCCAAAUCUAGCAGAAGAAAUGUUGAGAACAUCAAUGAAAUGGCGGGAAGAGUGGUCGAUCAACAAAGACGACGGCUGGAAACCACCCCAAGUGCUGGUCGAUUACAUGCCGAGCGGUAUCAGCGGAUAUGACAAGGAGGGAUCGCCCGUGGUAGUGCUUCCGUUCGCCGGGUUCGACGUGUGUGGCCUGCUCAAGUCAGCCCCCCCGAAGGACAUGGUCAGGUUCUUGGCACAAAAGCUUGACUCGUACUUAGAAGUAGCCAGGCAAUCGUCACUGAAGCACGGUCCAAAAGCGUCGCAGGUGUGCUGCAUCGUCGACCUGACCGACUUCAACCUUAGGCAAUUCACGUGGAAACCAGCGGCCGAGAUGAUAAUCAACUUGUUACAAAUGUACGAGGCCAAUUACCCAGAAAUAUUGAAGGCAUGUCACGCGAUUAAUGCUCCCAAAGUGUUCACUUUUGCGUUCAACAUACUUAAAAACAUACUUACUGGCAACACGAUGAGCAAGUUCAUAAUAUAUAAGGCAGACCCGAACAAGUGGAAGCCUGUAUUGGCCAGAUCCAUCGACAGCGACCAGUAUCCAGCGUUUUUGGGUGGCGAUCUGAGGGACCCUGACGGCGACCCCAGAUACAUCACCAAGAUAAAUCAAGGAGGAAAAGUUCCAAAAGAAUUAUACUUAAAAAAUGACAAAAAGCUUACAAAUUCUGAUGACAUGACCUUAGUAAAUAUAAAGAAAGGCGAUAAACUAUACUUGAAAUAUACAGUAACUGUACCACAAAGUUUUCUGAGGUGGCAAUUCAAAACCGAGGGACAUGAUAUUAAAUUCGGUAUAUUAGCGACAGAUUCAGAAAAUAUACAAACAAUAAUUAUGCCGAUAAAGAAAGUCGCAUGCCACGAGUUUGAAGAGAUCGGAGUAAUCAAAUGCAAACAUACCGGAGAAUAUACCGUGGUAUUCGACAACAGCUACAGUUUCAUGCGUGGCAAAAAACUUGCAUACAACGUUCGAAUUACAUUGCCUGUAAAAGAAAAAACCAUCAGUACGAUCGAUCAGAUGGUGAAUAUGGAAGAAUAA